AUUUUGUGUUUAGGAGAUACGAACCCAGCAAAUGUCCCCUUUGUCCUCUGAUUUGCUGACUCCCUAUUUUGUUCAUCAUCAGCAGAAGGGGACUCUCCGUUCAUACUUAUCUUUCUCCGGUUCCGAAGAAGCAAGUGCAAUAUCUUUUGCUCACCCAUCAAGCUCUUAGACGGUGAAUUGCUUCAAAAGAUGGAGCAGGACCCCUUGGCCGAGUCACUCAAUGAUCUUUUCACCAAUGUUUCCAUGAUGAUAAGAGGCGAGCUCCAGGAAACCAACAAUGUACUUGGAAUAGUGGAGAAAAUGAAUACAAGAGUUGCUGAAGAAUAUAAAGGCUUUGGAGAUGUGGCUUCAGGAUUGAGGAUCUUUGUGGAGCAAUUGAAGUCUAAAAGUGGCAGCUUUGACGAGUACGUUCAACAAAUUGAUACAAUAGAGCAGCAAGUUACAGAGUUUGAAGCUGUAAUUUCGAUGCUUGAUAAGUACGUUUCCUUGCUGGAAUCCAAAGUGCAGUCUGUGUGCCAAAUUCCAUCAUCAUGAAUCAACUGUAAUUCUUCUUUUUGUUUCUACUGUUACAUCCUCAAAGCUGUUGCUGGAUUGAAUCGAACUUGAUUUUUGUAUGUCAUCAAGAAACUCCAUACAAAUAAAAAGAUGAAUUUAGCAACUGUUUAUCUCAAAUAGAAAGGAGGCCAUUUUUGUUUUG